AUGCCUUGUCUCUUACAAUCUCUUCCGACAACCUUUUCCUUUCCCUAUCCCGAAACUUCACAACCCCCACCUACGCCGAAUAGCCGCGUCACGGUCUCCGCUUUGGCCACGAGAACCGCCACCAGCCGCAGCAAAUUCUCCAAAACAUUCCAACGCAUACUAGCGAAUACAACGUCAAAUACCAAAUUCAAAAGACAAGAAGAUGAUUACCACUCCACACUAGAAGCCCUUAACUCCAAGGGCCGCUUCCCACGAAAAUCCCUCGGCCAGCAUUAUAUGUUGAACGCCUCGAUAAAUGAAGAGCUAACAAUGGCCGCCAACGUUAAAGAAGGGGAUGUAGUGCUUGAAAUUGGGCCAGGAACUGGCUCUUUGACUAAUGCACUCGUGAAUGCUGGUGCAACUGUUCUUGCAAUUGAAAGGGAUCCGUACAUGGCAUCAAUUGUGCGAGAACGGUUUGCUGGAUUAGACAGGGUGGAGGUUCUGGAAGGGGAUUUUAUAAGAAGUCAUAUACGCUCUCAUAUGUCCUCAAUGUUGGCAAGUAAAAUCCCUCCAGAUGGAAAUACACCCUCUGCAAAGGUUGUCUCCAAUUUACCUUUCAACAUAAGUACCGAUGUUAUAAAACUACUACUUCCCAUGGGUGAUAUUUUCUCGGAAAUUGUUCUCUUGCUUCAGGACGAAGCAGCCUUGCGCUUUGUGGAUUCUUCAUCAAAAUCAUCCGAGUAUCGACCUAUUAAUAUCUUCAUCAACUUCUAUUCAGAUCCUGAAUACAAAUUUAAGGUUCCAAGAACAAAUUUCUUCCCACAACCUAAAGUUGAUGCAGCUGUUGUUGCGUUCAAGUUGAAGCAAAUAACAGAUUAUCCUCAAGUGUCCACCAUCAAAAGCUUCUUCUCAAUGGUCAAUUCUGCAUUCAAUGGGAAACGUAAGAUGUUGAGGAAAUCUCUCCAGCAUAUAUGUUCAUCCCCUGAGAUCGAAGCAGCUCUUUGUAGUGUUGGUCUUCCACCUACUGCAAGACCAGAGGAGCUUACGCUCGAGGAUUUUGUAAAAUUGCAUAAUCUGAUUGUGAAGACACCUUUUCUGGAUAAUUUAGAGUAG